AUGUGGUCUUGUGUUGAGCCGGUUUCAUCUGUUGACGAAUCCAUCGUUGGGGUGUUUUGCACGAAUGGAUUAUUACGCAUCUCUAGCAAACAAACGGUCACCAAAACUCCGAAUAUAAAUGGAAUCUUGCAGAACAUUCGGUUGAUCAUAUCGAUCGAUAGUACACUCAUAUUGUACCCGGAUGAAAAACGCUACAGUGCGGUUAACUAUAUCGAUGUUGGCCAUCCAUUGGAAGUCAUAGCAGUUUCAGCGAGUGGCAAUAUUAUACUGUGCGGUUUAUCGAACGGAAAUAUUUGCGUGCUACAUAUAAGUGGUGUGGGCAUUUUUACAUUCGAAAUCCAACCUGCAGAUGUUGGAACAGAUGGGCCCUGUUUCGUUGGCAUCUUCGACGAAGGAAAUGGAAACUUUCUGUUGCAAACCUCCCGAGGAUCGGUAUAUCGUGUGACGAUGAAUGAAGAGAAAAUAAUCGCACUCAUCGCUUCUGGGAAUGAGCAACAAGUGCAAGAACAGAUGCCUCAGUAUGGCCUGUGCGAAAGAGUUAUCGGAAAGCAGUUCAAGGAUCGUAUCGGGUGCUUUAUUCCGGUUAAAAAAGAGUCGAAUGUUCCUCUCAUAGCGGCAGCCAGCAUGGAUACUAUUUUCUUCUUUCGCGAAGAUAAGGUCGAAAAAAUUGAACUAAAACCAGAGUACAAAGGGGUGAAGAAAAUGUUUUCUUUGAUGAACUGCAAAUUUGCCCUAACGUACAGUGGUCAAUUGUUUGAAAUAUGUCCGUUGACGAAAUUAAUGUCAGAGCUGCCGUGUUCAUUCGGAAUUGAUGAUCUCGUAACGCUAGAAGCGACCGCAGAUAUCAUAGAAAUGCUCAUCCUCACCAAGCCAGAUGCUAAUGGAAAAGUGGUGAUGAAAAUCGUAAACUUCCCUUCAAUGGAAAUCAAGCAAGAGAUGGAAAUGUCGGAACACACUUGGCUAGUUCAGCAACCAAAAAAUUCCGCCAAUAUCUACUACAUUGCCGGCCAAACAUUCAAAGAGCCGGUGGUACAGGAACUAGAGCUAAAAAUAUUAUCCGAAACGGAUCCGUCUCUGCGACUAGCGAAGCUUAUAAAAAUCGGACGGCUGGACGAAGCAGAGGUAUUUGCGAAGCAAUUCGAACUCGACAUACAUCUGGUGCAUCAAGCCCGAGCAAAAUUGCUUCUUGAUGAGCUUUGCUCGUCGACCAACAUGGAUGAUACGUUCAGGAAGCUAUUGAAGGUUCUCGCAGAUGUAACGGAUCUUGAAUUUCUUACCGGCAUUCGCAAUGCAAAUAUUUGUGACAGAAACAUGAAAAAACGCUACUUACAGUUCCUGUUGUCGAAGGUGUCUACUCCCCAGAAUGUAGAAAUGGAUUCAGUGAUUGAUAUCAAUGAGCAGCUGCUGCGCAUGGAAACGCUCAAGCUGAUUGAUCCGUUUGAAAUCGAUCAAGAUUGGCAACAAUUCGUCUGCCACGACAAUCUUCUACAGCUGUGUACGGAGCUUUUUCAGAAGGACAUGGAUGCGGCCUGUCUCAUAUGGUCGCGACAUAUCGCUUGCAUACUGCCACAGCUCGAUGACGCCAAGGUGGCCAUUUUGUUGCGUUCCAUACCAAAGGAAACAUCACCGUUGCAUGUUAUACAGUGGUUGUUGCAUUUCGUGGGACCGAUCCUACAUCACCAGCCCCAGCUGAUGAACUUGCUCGUGCAAUUCAUCGUUACGCGCACGAAGUCCUUCCAGAAGCUACCAGGCUGGCCAAUGGUUGGGCUAACGUUCAUCGAAGACGUGAACAAGAUGUUGCAAGAAGUACAAUUUCCCAUCAUGGAUCUACGGCUACAGUUCGACAGUAACAUGGAGGAGCUUAAGCGGAUGGCAAACGCGCUACGUGAUCUCGUGACGCUCAAGCAGCAGUUCAAUCUUCAAGCUCGACUCGACUGCUACAUGCAAGAGGAUAUCAAGAGUACCGCAUUCAGCUUGUUGCAGAUCACACCGCUCAAUCUACUUGAUCGCAUCGUGAUGGAGUUUCUAUGCAAGUUUUUCGUUGGAAAGGAAUCGUUGCUAUGCCAGCAAAUUGUGCGUUAUAUUACGUUCCUGAUCGGCAACCAGCACAACAGCUUCUGGGAUCAGCGUUGCGUCACGCUCGUUGAACUAUUGUUCGAUGAACAGCAGCAACUAGAAACGAUUCUAACCAUAUUGCGAGCAGCUCCCGUACCAUGGUCACCAGCGAUUGCUUCCUUAAUGCGGUAUGCAAACAGCGACCAUCCGAUAGCAGCCAGCAUCGUAGCUGAACAGCACACACAAACGAUCAAGUGUUUGAAGAUUAAGUACGGCUGGAGCUUGAAGGCGCAAGGCAACACGCGGCUGUUGGUACAACGUGUGCUUAAACUGCACCAUCCGGAGAUGCUUGCGGACAUUCGGGCGAUAGUGAAGACAGCUCCCGAGCUGGCCUUUACGACCGAUGUAAGCGUAAUGGUAAAGAUGGCCGAAUAUGGCGAUAUUAUAAUUGCCGCCGAGUAUCUCGAUGAGCUGGAGAAAAAGCGUCGUGAGGACUGCUGCCGUAGCACGAUUUCGUUAAUGACUCGUAUGAUCGACGAUGGGCGCAUUUCGCAUGAGCGCACGAUGGCUUAUCUAGAAGCACUUCAAAUGCUGAAACACCGUGCAGAUACCGAUCAGAAGAAAGAAAUCCACCAGAUCGUCAACAUUGUUCAGCUACGCAGCGAGUUCGGAUUGAAUGCUACCUGCAAGUCAAUCUGUGAUCCGAUCGAACGCCGCAAUUUGCUUCUCGCGGGUGUGAAGUUUAUUCUGGGGAAGAUUCAAAACAAACGCAGCGAGUUUGUUAAUCUGCUCCUGGGUGCAGUUCGUCGUUUGUCCACCUUCCUAAGCUGCAGCCUACCCGAUGCGCUGUAUGAGGUAAUGCUAAUGCUGAAAAACAUUAAUCUUAGCUGUCUAGUGGCGGCCCAACUUCCCGAAAUGGUAAAUUUGCGCCAACCAGGAGCCUUCGAAUCAGUGCACCGUAUAGUCUCGCUAUUGCUAGCUCAGCAUAUGCAAUCGGACACGGCAUGCGGUUGGAUCGAAGAUCCUCUUACGUUUCCGGUUUGUCGGGAGCUGCUGUACCAGAGUGCCACCGAUUGCCCCAGGCAAUCGUCGAAACGGUUGGAGUUGUUGCGGUGGGUUCAGGUCGGAGUACAAUACUACCCAGUUGGCAUCGAAAAUGAAUGUAUCAAGCGAAACACUGUUCCAGAUGCCGUGUUAAAUGUAUUGUACGAACAAUUUCCUGAUGGCGGUGAUGAAAGAAUGGAACAGGACACGGGCAUCACGAACGGUGUCAAUGGAAAACACACCGCGAAAGGCGACAAACGUGAUUCACUCUCUGCGUUCGAUGUGAUCAACGAUGACUUCGAUCAGAUUAACGUGCCCAGAAACAAGCACAUACCGGAGCAGCAAACGAUUGUGCAAUGCGUUGGGCUUGCAUUGCAGAUGAUACUUUGUCGUAUAAAAAACGAAGAUCGAUCAUCUACAUUUGCGCAUCUGUUAGCGCUAACGGGUCCAUUACAUGAGGUGUCCACUUCAACCGCCUUUCAGAGCACCCUUGAUCGCCUGAUUCGCGCCAAGCAAUAUCCACCUGUGGUUAACAUUCUUCAUCUACUGCGGUACUACCAGUCGACGGUUGGGCUCAUGAUACCUGCACCGUACGCAGAGAAUGUGUACCGUAAGGCGAUCAAGUACAUGCUCUCGCAAAAAGAGCCCAACUAUAGCAGUGCUAUCAUGACAUUGUUUACGUGCGAAAAUCGUGAAGCUUGCUUGGAAUAUCUGCGCACCAACCUUACAAAUGAAUCGCAACUCGUAUCGCUGCAUACUCUGCUCGAGUUCUACUACUUUACCAUUGGUCAGGAAGCAAAGGCGGUGGACGAACGCAACUUGCGCCUCCGACACACGCUUUUCCACGAGCUGUGCAAGCUCGAUCCGUCUUUGAAGAGCAAGAAAUCAUUCAUUUUCCACUCGCAAGCCGAUCUGAUAAAGGAGCUCAAACACAAGGUUAUCAACGUUGAGCUGCUGCGUAAGAUGAGCGACGCUUUCAGCUGGGACUACCAGCAGAUGCUCGUAUCGCAGGUUAUCACCUACCUUAGUCAGCAGGAUAUUUCAUUCACCGUGCGUUCGGACACGUUUGGACGAGAGGAGAUCAUCGUGCAUGACACCCCCGAGGCAAUUUUAGCACAGGUGCAACCGUUUCUGGCGGAGAUCGACAACUCCGUUCUACUUUGCAGCAAGCUUAACUUGUACAUGGAGCAUGCAAAUGGGUACUUUUACGAGCAGUUUUUCUGCAUCUUCGACAUACUGGCUCAGUUUAGCGAAGAGACUAACGAAAUGCGAGCGUGGAGUGGCAUGCUGACCUUCAUGAAGGAGCAACUAACUGGACGACGCCGACAGCGGCCGGGACAAGCCGAGGUGGAAGCAUGGACGCGCGUCCACGCCGACGGUGAUAUGCUUCCAGAAAUCGCCAAAUAUCGCUAUCCGUUUAUGUUGAUUCUACGCCAACCUCUCAAGAGUCUGUUGAAGGAGGACAUCACGAUCGAGAACUAUCGCAAGCUGCUUAUUCUGGUGUCUAUGAAGGCGUCGGUAGAAAACUUAGAUUGCGAUGAGAUGAACGACUACUUCUGUAAAUCGGCCGUCAUGAACUCGAUCAACGAGUACAAGAUUCAAAGCAGGGAAACGUUCCAGCACUCCGAGUGGCACCGUCAGUCUAAAAACAAAGCUUUUCUGCAAUCGAUACUCCGAAUCGUGGAUAGUGUGCGGGACAUUUCAACGAAACUGUACAUCCUGUACUACAUCACGUGCAAUGCACUGGACGGUGACGAUCAAGAGAGCGCUGCGUACGCGUGCUACAAAUUCGCACGUCAGCACGAAGCGAACUUGGUCGGCAUCGCGGAGGCCAAGGAUAAGGUGGAAAAGAUUUACCGCAAGUAUCCGGUGCUGAAAACGCAACAGCUAUUGCAGCAGAACGGCGUCACUGACGACAAGCUGUUCCAGCUGGUGAAAACCCCACAGGAGCUCAUCAAGGCGCUGUACACGGAUUCAUGUUUCCAAAAGGUAAAUGUGAACGAGCUGGCUGCGACCAUUGGCCAGCUGCAUGAUCUCGACGUGGAAGCGAUCCAGAUGGGGCUGCUGCAGAAGUGGCUCACCAUAUUCGGCGGCCCUAUUAUAACAGGCGACGGUUAUGGUAGUGGCACAAUGCUGGAUGAAACGCUCUACGAUGAUCACAACAUGUCGGAUACCAGUCAGGAAGGCGAUACUAAUGUGCACGAAUCUAUGGCACGAGCGUACUACAUACUUAGCAGCUGGAAGCGGGCGAAAAGCGUAGAAUUUCUAGUGGCACAACUCAAUUCAAUUGUCGAUGCAUCGCAUGGGGCUCCAGAUGUUGGGAAACAGUUACAGAUCUACCAAUGUUUCAGCAAACUUGCGGACGAUAACUGCACCUCGUAUAAGGAAUUUUUUACCCAGCAGCGCUUCAUUGCGCUAAAAUGCGUUUAUCUGCUCAGGAGCCUCGGAAUGCAUACGUUUUCUAUUGCUAAGUUCGAGGCAACGGACAAGAUGGAACUGCUGAAAAUGCUUUGGCAGUCUCACGCCACCAACCCGAAGGGCCUCGAGGUGCUCUCCCUUAUCUGUAUCGGGUACAACAUCUACAUUCCUCAGAUAUGGAACGGAAUACUCAAACAGAUGGCCCGCUUGGGGCUGGUUGGUAAUUUGCGCGCCCUCAUCGACAUAGUCACUGCCAAGCGGCAGUUAUUUGGGCUCGAGGGCUACCGCAUGGCGUGGGAGAUCCUGAUAAAGGAACCGUUCCGCAGUGCCAACCGGGAGCAAUCGCUGGCGGAAGAUGCCGUACUGGCUCGUUCACUUGUGAUGGUACAAAAAUGUCCCAUUUCCUUUCGGCUCAAUCUUCUUGAGAUUGCCGAAGCGUGCUUCAACGUGAAUCGCGUAAAUAUGGCCGCAGUGCUCAUGGGAUUUGCUGAUGACGAGCAACGGGAAAAGCUGAAAAAGCAAAUCGCCGAUAAUACUGUACCAAACUUGAGCGAUCAAAUACGUGAGUUGGAAGAGUUUGGACUAGCCACUACAAUUGCUAAAGCAGUCUGUCGAGAGAUUCUACCAACGGACUCCUCGCCUCUGGCCUGUAAAAAAUGGCGUAAAAGCUAA